UUUAAACCGAGGUGAAUAUACGGUUAUCGAGUUUCUCCGUGAAGUUUUCAAGCAUAACUUCAGUGGAUCAUCGUUUGACAGAAAAUUGAUAAUUUUCUGACGGAUGUAUAACUAGUCUGCCACCGACAAUGAAUACUGUAGUAUUUCAAUACUUGGACACGAAACGAUCACAGCUCAAAGCCAAUAUCAAUGAAAACAAGAGGAUAUCAAAGUUAAGAGAAAAAAUGGCGACCGAAGACCCAACGACUAAGUAUGAGGAGACACGGCAGAGGCUGCUUGAAAACCUCAAACGCGAGGUUAAGCAGAUUAUGGAAGAAGCAGUCAUGAAAAAAUUCAUCCACGCCGAUAGUUCGACUAUUACAUCAGUAUGUGCUGCUGUAGAAGCUGGAAUCUCACAUGGUUUAAAAAAGAGAGCUGGAGGACUAUUAUCUGCACAUGACACACAGACCGUCCUGAAUAAACUGACAAAGUUCUCUGAACCAGCAGCAGAACUCAUGAGAAAACUGACUGGUGAAGAUGAGCAUGGAAAACAAGAUGGAACUAAGUCUCCUGGUGGAGGAGAAAACCCUAAGACGAAGUUUUCUUGGACGACAAGCACAAAUGUUACCACCAAGAAAAUCAGUGGUUAUAAUGUGACAGGACACUGUGGGAAAUACAUGUGGAUCAGAAUUGCUUUACUGGAAAAGCUGCUGGUAAAGAUCAUUCAAGAUUUAAAAACAAAUGCAAGUCAGUUCUAUGAACCAGAUGCAUUGCUUGCUGAUCCUGCUGAUGGACAAAUCUUUAUUGAACUUCUUGAGGGUCCAUGUGCGCUAGAUUUCUCCAAAAUGAAAACCCCAGACAGCUUCUGGACUGAUCCGACAGCAGAUGAGCUAGUGCAGCGGCAUAAAAUCCACAGUAGCCUCUACAGCACAUCAGGAGCAGCUUCACCAACCACCCAGCGCCCUCACAUUGGUACCAUCAAGCUGAAUCAGGAGGAAAACCCAGCCGUUGCUCCUGUAAUGGCCAGAGAGCACAUUGAGUCACUCCAUCAAAAUUCUUACACAACAUUGUUGUAUGGUAAAAACAAUGUCAAUGUACAGCCUAAUGAGAUGGUCAGCCCCAUUCCAGGUUACUUGUCAUUACACAAGAAUAACGAGACUCUUGUUCUUAAAUGGACACCAAACACGCUUAUGAGUGGCUGUGAUGAGAAAGAGAAAAGCCUAUUCUGGGAUCAUGCUUUGACUGUUAAUCUCAGUGAUGUUGUAUAUCUACAUUGUCACCAACAAGCUUCUUCUGGUGUUGUGAUUCUAAUCGGCCAAGAUGGUGUCCAAAGACCUCCCAUUCACUUCCCUACACCUGGAUCUCUCUUGUCCUUCUUGAACUGCUUGGAAAAUGGCUUGCACCCCAAUGGACAGCUCGAUCCGCCACUCUUCUCUCCUCGCAGUAGGUCCAUGGUCCUCCCUCGGCUCAAGAGAGUUGGGGAUGGCUCAGCGCCAUCUUCACCCACCAAGGAAUUCAGUAACCAAGACUACGUGUUUCGACUGGUCUCUGGAACAAAACCUGAAGAUAUUGUUUCUAAGGAAAUGGAAAAGUUGGGCACGAGUAAAAGGUCUGUAAAGAAGCCAGGAAUACCAAUCAGCAAGCAAGAUAUUGUUUCUUCAAGAAAAGCAAAUUUUUCCAGACGGUUGCAGAAACAGAGCUCUCCUCCAACUCGACAAUCUCUCCACAUGGCCUGUGAGACGAUGAAAAGACAAUUCUUGUUACGAGCCUUUAAUGGAUGGUGUGCCUAUGUUCGUCACUUGAAGACAGUCAGGACACAUUUGUCAUUCUUAGUCAGUCAUGAGACCAUUCAAGACAAGGAAAAAGAUCAUUGUUACACUAAUGGCAUCACUCCUGAGUUCUGGCACAGUCUUAAUGUCAAUGGCAAGGUCACGGACGAGAGUUUAGUCAAGAAGUACACUUACUUUGGGGGAGUGGACAACUCUAUUCGAAAAGAGGUCUGGCCAUAUCUACUGAAUCACUAUAAAUUUGGUUCAACCCCCGAAGAGCGGCAAAAAGCUGACCAGGACAAUAACACUGACUAUCGUCAAACCCUAGAAGACUGGAAAGCCGUUGAAGCAUGCAUCUUACGAAACGACAAGGAACACGAGAUAGAUGGGGUGUCCAUGGGUAGCACUGGCAGUCGCGAUGAGGUCUAUGAACAUCUCGAAAUGAUCAGCACUGGGCUGGAAAAAGUCGGGAGCUUUGAGCAAAAGAGAGGAAGCAUCGAGGAACCCGCAGUGGAAGGACUUGACGAAGAGGCGAAACAGAGACUGAUGAGUGGACAAGAUUUGUCGUUAACGACUAAUGGCGACGACGUAGAGAGUGGUUGCUGCGACUGCGGAGAAGAUAUCGGGAAAUUAUCACACACGUUUGUUUGUCGCGGGUGCGGGAAACGAUUUACGUCAGAAUUGAACGGUAAUGUAAAUAAUGGUCCAUUGACUAAUGGUCAUGAUGGGGAGUACAUGGUGAAUGGAGGAGGCAGGCACGGCAAGGAAGGCACGUCUGAUGGAGAGAGCGAUGAUUCGUCUCUUUGUAAGCAGUGCAGUCAGGAUAGCAGUACCUCCAGUGGACCGUAUUCUGCGGAGCUGUUAGAAAACUUCGGAAUGAAUCUGCAUCGAAUAGACAAGGACGUACAAAGAUGCGACAGAAGUCACUGGUAUUUCACCCGAGAAAAUCUGAAAAAGCUACGAAACGUCAUAAGCAGUUACGUUUGGAAAACCCUGGAUAUUGGUUACGUACAAGGCAUGUGUGACCUGGUGGCGCCGCUUCUCGUGGUCUUUGAUGAUGAAGCGAAAACGUACAGCUGUUUUGUUCACCUCAUGCAAAGAAUGAACGAAAACUUCCCCCACGGAGGCGCCAUGGAUUUGCAUUUUGCAAACAUGAGGUCACUUAUUCAGGUAUUGGAUCCUGAGAUGUUCGAUCAUCUACAAACAAAUGGCGAUUUAACGCAUUUUUACUUUUGUUAUCGAUGGUUUCUGCUCGACUUCAAAAGAGAACUACUUUACGAAGAUAUCUUUGUGGUAUGGGAGACCAUCUGGGCAGCAAUGUAUUGUAGUACUGAUCAUUUCGUGCUGUUUAUUGCUCUUGCUCUUCUUCAGUUUUACCGGGACAUAAUUUUGGACAACAAAAUGGAUUUCACGGAUAUCAUCAAAUUCUUCAAUGAAAUGGCUGAGCGACACGAUGCCAAGACAGCUCUGACAGUGGCACGAUCUCUUGUCAUCAAAGUACAAGAUUUGAUAAGGAAUCAAUAACUAUUGAUACGUACGGAGUUAACUUGAGAAUAUACGAUAGACGUACGUGUUAAUAGUUGUGGGGAGCACCCUUGCUAUGUACUCUACCCUAUCAAUGUUGCAGACGUUACUUGUGAAAAAUACAUUCUGAAAGAUAUCCGUUGUGCAAACAGACAGACAGACCGAGAAACGGACAGACAGAGAAACAGAGAAACAGAAAGACAAACGUACUCCAAAAAACCAAUAUGCUUUGCAAAGCUAUAUGAUAAUAAGUUUUAGGCUUCGUAGGAGCUCAAUAUCCACGGUGACCGUGCAAUAAGAUUAGAAUUUAACCCGAGGUAAUCGGACCUAACAGUCGGUCCAUAAAUUUAUACAUUUACCAAAUAGGUAAGAUUCCGUAAAAUAUUUUAUUUUGUUAGUUAUAUAAUUCCAUUUCAUUCAAUUUUAACGUGAAUUAAGAAGGAGAAUUGGAUCCUACGUAAACAAGAUGGCGGCUAUGCUGUUACCCUUGAAGCUUUGCGAACACACGUGAUUCAUUUUAGCAAAUACCAAUGAAUUUGUUUGUAUAAAUGAAUGAGGGGGGAGGGGGGCUUUUUUUUUUUUUUUUUGUUUAAUUGUGAUACCUUUCUACUUGAUAUGUAAUCUGCCGGUCAGAUUGAAUGUUUUAAUUGUGCGCAAAGAAUCAUGGGUAAAAUUAUAAGUAGCCAUCUUUUUGCAGUAGACAGAUGCGCUUCAAGAAAACAAAAAAUUCUCACUAAAAGUAUCACUAGAAAUACUUUUAGUGAAACUAAAAACCGAGCAAACAGGACCCACACAACACACACACCUUACUACUUACCAUGUAUUUAAAAAUAGGCAAAAAUGUUGCUAAGCUAAAUGCUAAAGCCGGGGACUUGUGUCUCCUUGCUUUAAGGUAAUGAAAACCCGUAAAAUAAUUCAAUAUUUUCAAGAAAUGAACCCUCUAUUUCCCAAAUUUCGCAAAAAUUUAAAAUCCCAAUAAGAUGGAAAUUGAGGCCUGAUAGAUUAUCGUUGUACUCAUUUGGAUGUAAUAUCUGUUCCUAACGACGAGUGAAAUAAAUGUGAUUAUCGGGCUUCAAUUUCCGCACCCCACCCCUCCUAAGCCGAAGAGAAGGCGAGGGGCGUGGUGGGACCGAAAUAAGGGUUCAAAAAUCCCUGACCUGAAUAUUAUUUACAAAAUAAUGUCUAUUGUAAAUAGUUUAAAGUACAGGCCCUCAUUGACGGUUUGUAUAACGUCACAAUGAUCUGUGCAAAUAUAUUGUUCUCUUUGGGAGUUAAAGGAUAUUUAAAAAGGAAUAUAUUCUUUCAAUAUGCCAUUUUACUAUUGGGCAAAGCAUCUUGAAUUGAAAAUAAUUUGGCGGUCGUGAUUGGGUAGAAUGUAUAUGUGUUUGUCCAAUCACGGAGCUUGUYAAGUUGGCUUUGUCUUGAUUGGAGGGAACGCAUAGGUGUUGUCCAAUCACAUAGCUCGUUGUUUUGACGCUGCCGUGAUUGGAUAGAAUGCUGAGCUGUUGACCAAUCAUGAAACUCGUUAUAUCGCUAUGCUCAAUAGGAAUGGACUAAUCAGUGAGGGACGGGAAUAAAUCCUUACGUAUUAGACCGAUCAGUGAAAAACAUCAUUUCUCGCGCAAUUUUAUCUUUAGAGGUCUUCAUUUGUAUCCCUCUACCUGGAACUUGUCUAGACAUCCCCUACCCCUUGGGAGGAACCAAAAGACGAGCUCCCUGAAGUCACGUGACGCGGGGAUUGCGCAUAAAGAAGAUGUAUGUUUUACAUUUAUCGGUACACAAAAUGUGUAUAUUAUUCAAAACUCAAGGGGGUUCAAAAUUAAAUUGUAUCAAUCGUAAUGAAUAAUAAUUUGAUCGUUAAAAUAAACGUCAAAAUGUUGGAAGUUUA